UUACGUCACAACAAAACAAAAACAGAGUUGCAAAGGCAGGACAGGAAGAUGGCGAACUCGGACUCGGAACCUUCCGAUCAACGCCCUCAACAGGGCGAGACAGACGACCCUGAGUAUGCAGAAGCCAUCGCAAGGAAGGAGAGGAUCCUUACGAAAAUACUGAACCCUUUUGAGACGGGAUUUCUGUAUUUUCAACGCGUUUUGGUGUGGGAGAAACCCACCCAUUCCGCUGUCUUGAUGUUCCUGGUGAAUGGCGCGUUUUGGCUCGCUACUUCGACGAAUUACCGGUUCUUUUUCCUGCUGGCAAUGUGUGCAAUGGUGGCGGUGUGUGCAGAGAUCUGGAGGAAUAGGAUCUGGCCCACCAUCCGCGUGGAAAAUCCGGAGGAAGACCAAGACAGCUGGGCUGUUGUACAUCCCCGACUCCUGAGCGCUCCAGAACUGGCUCACCACAUCGCUGAGGGCUGGGUCGCCUUCGCCUGGUCCUGCAAGAAACUCUGGGAGAUGAAGAAGAACUCACCUGGGAAGUUCACAGCGCUGGUGUGUGUGUCAUGUGGUGCCAUGGCUCUGGUGGGGAUCUACAUCCCUGGGGUCAUGAUCGCUUACAUCAUCGUGAUGAGCCUGCUGCUGUGGCCCUGUGUUGAGUACCACCGAGUUAUCCAGCGGAUCUACAACCGCUUCGAACCGCUCAUGAUGCAGCUGGACUACAGCAUGAAGACACGGCGGGGGCGAUCGGGGCGCAAGAAGAGAAAGAGGAUGCAUACUGAGAGGGUGUCCCUAGGCGUGGGCCAGUCAACCAGUCAUGCAACGGCUACGGCGGAGACCGACGACAGUGAAACAGACACGGAACUUGGACAGUUCAUUCCCAGAGACCCGGAGACGACAGCAGCCCUGGCGCGUGCGCUCACGGACUCCGAGAUGUCUGAGGAUGAAGCUUCCUCACUGGCACAGUUCUCACGCGCAGGGACACCCAGUAUAGCUGAAGACAACCACACAGACAACGAGGGGACUUUUAUGGAGGGUCUGUCGGAGUUCCCGUCCUUUAACGACCCUUCCAUGCUGGCGGAGGAAGAUGAGAACCUGGGGAUCCCACCAGGCAUGCAGGACAUCAGUCAGGAGGAACAGGAGAGCGAAGACUACCCCGCCGAGCACAUGAUGUUCGACCCUACACACUUCGACGGCGAGGAUGAGCCACCGCGCCCAACCGCCAGGCAAAGACACCGGCAGGGGCAGGCGCAAACAGACGUGAUCGAGAUGGCAAGGACGCAGAUUGUCAGGGAAGCGGCGACAACGGUGGUGCAGCAAACGCUGACAGCCCUGGGAAACAUGGCAACAAACUGGUUGGCAUCAGCCGCUAGUAGCACGGACGAUCAACCCUCAGGAGGCCGCGUGAACGCCACAAGCAGACAGGACAGUACUGCACAGCAGCAACCCAGGGUGAGGGAGCUCAGCCCUCACGUCAGAGGCCCCAAGAGAGAGACAGAGUUCUCCGAUUCGGAAAUAGAAGAUGACUUUGAGUUUCUGGACCAAGAAGACUUCGAGAGCUAUAAUGACCAGGCAGGGAAUUCACCAGAAGAUGCGAGUGGAAGUAGUGGAGGUAACAGGGCUUGACAGAACAAACAAUAGGAAAUGUGCUCUUUAACCUUCUCUCUCCUGGCAGCUGCUGUAUCCAGUGCAAAUGCAGAGGAUGGGCUUGCUUACAGCAUGGAGAAGGUUAAUAUGAAUUAAAAUUAUUGAUUAAUACUUCAGCAAUCAUAGGAAAAAUAGUCAGAUCUCAUGAAACAUUUGUGUGCUCAUUGUUAGUGUCCAGGUAGGAAGUAAGGAUUGGAGUUUUGGUUGGAGACUUCCACCGAAUGAUUUUUGGUCCUAUCGCCAGUAUGGGUGUAAUAUUACAUUGUGAUAGUUACAUCUUUAAUAAAGAUAGCUGUUUAAAACCUAUCAUUUCAAGUGCUGGUUCAGUUUGAAAAGAUGCAUACCUCACUAAUAACGAGUUUGUAUUGUAGUUUGUACAUGUAUCAAGGUUUAAACUUUGAACCUACCAAAUUGUGAUCUAUUAUUAAGGUUUGAACUUUAUUUUGAUAUACUUACCAACCAACUAUACUUUCCAGUUAUAUAAGUACAUGUACUUUUCAUUUCAAGAAAACCAAUUAUUUAACAAGAUAAUACAGUGAUACAUUUCCUCAAUGUUCUGUUAAGCUAGCAGUUAUUUGUGUGUACCAAAGGCAUAGAUGUCAUAUAUUGUACAGUGUAUAGGAAGAUGAAUAUGAUAGUAAGUGAUGGUGGAGAGAAGAAAGUGGAAUGUCACAAAAGAAAAUGUAAAUGUGUGCUUGCUGGUUGGUGUUUGAAAAGUGAGCUUGUAGCAAGCUCUUCUGUUAGUGUAAUCGUGAAAGACAGCUGAAAGCAGUGUUGAAUGUUGUCUUUUAAAAAGCUCUUUCUCAAUCCUUGAAACUAACCGUGCUUUCCUAAACAAAUCAUUAUACAGAUGGGCUCUUGUAAAAUGAAUGACGUCACAUAGAAAAUGAAUUUGUUCCUGCUUUGCCAGUCAUUCUGUAUUGAGAUUGUUAGAAAAUCUGUUCCAGUUGCCUUUUGAAAGAGAGAACACUAAGCCUGUAACCUGUAUACAUUGUUGUCAAAAAGUUCACAGAUCUCUUACAAACUAUGUCAACAUUUUUGGCACACCAUUGUUCAAUA